GGGAGCUGCCAAAAACUGCUAGCUAGCUCACGUUGACGUUAUCUGCUCAGGCACAACCUUGUCUCCCUUGCACUGUACAUUCCAGCCACCACAAAGCCGUUUUGACAACGACUUUUGUUUUCUGAACUGCUGUUUUGAUGCUGCCGCACGGGAGGACUAUCUGACAUUCGUGCCGACGCUGGGAACUAUUGUGUCAGGGUUUUGGAUAACAAGCUAACAAGUUUACAGCUCAUGUUUUGUUGACAAGGACACUUUCAAUUGUCAGCUUUCCGAUCUGCUCCCUGGAUUGUGUCUGAAAAUGGAAAUGAACUAUCAGAACGAUUAAGGACAAAUACACGCAUGCUGCGAAAUGAAUCCAGACUCGUGGAGUGAACGCUGACCCCCCUCUUCCCCCCUCUCCCCCCACUCUUCCCCCCUCCUCAUAACCCAUAAUGUUGGAGGGACUUGUUGCCUGGGUACUGAAUACAUACCUUGGCAAGUAUGUCAGCAACUUGAAUACUGAUCAACUCUCCAUCGCCCUACUGAAAGGGGCGGUGGAGUUGGAGAAUCUGCCUCUGAGGAAAGAUGCUCUGAGAGAGUUUGAUUUACCGUUUGAGGUCAAAGCAGGCUUCAUCGGGAAGAUCACCUUGCAGAUCCCGUUCUACCGACCUCACAGCGAACCAUGGGUGAUCUCCAUGUCACAGCUGAACCUGAUUAUCGGGCCCGCGCGCCCCCAGGAAUUCGACGAGGAGAAGGAGAAGGAAGCUGAGCGCGAACGAAAGAAACAGCUGCUCAAGGCUUUGGAGGAUAAGUGGAAGAGUGAAUGUGAACAGAAAGGGGAAUCUUAUUGGUACUCAGUCACUGCCUCACUGGUCACAAGAAUAGUGGAGAACAUUGAGCUAAACAUUCAAGGUGUUCACUUGAGAUUCGAAGAUGAUUACUCCAAUCCAGACAAGCCGUUUGCGUUUGGAGUCUGCAUUAAGAAUGUCUCUGCACAAAACUCUGCUUCAGAACCGGUGCAGAAGCUCAUGCGUCAGAAGCAGCUGGAGAUUGAGGAGUUCAGUGUCUACUGGGACACCAGCUGCACAACACUGGGGGACCUGCCUGCUGCCGAACUCCAGGAAACCAUGACGAAGUGCAUGCAGACCCGUGAGCACCAGUACAUCUUUGAGCCGGUGUGUGCGUCCGUGCUGCUGAGGAGGAACGCGUCCAAGGAGCCGCUGCGGUCCAGACACACACCCCGCAUACACGGCCAAGUGCAGCUGGAGCCCCUGGCCCUCAAGCUCUCACAGGUGCAAUACCAGCAGAUCAUGGCCUUUCUGAAGGAGCUGGUUCGCCGCGAGAGGGAGAUGCUCUUCCGCAAGUGGAGGCCCAAAGUCCCCAUCACAGGAAACUGCCGGCAGUGGUGGAUGUUUGCCAUCAACGCCAACCUCAGCGCCAUCCGUGAGCAGAGGCGGCGGAGGAACUGGGAGUUCGCCCUGCAGCGGGCGCGCGACGCCCAGCUCUACACCGGCCUGUACGACCAGAGGCUCAAGGGCUGCCUGCUCAGCCCACAGGAGGAGGAUGAGCUGGAGAGGGUGGAGGAGGAGCAGACUCUGGAGGAGCUGCAGGGCCUGAGAGGAGUCGUCCACGACCGCUUCAAGAAGCAGGAGGAGAUCGCAGAGAGUGUAAGGGAGCCCAUGGCAGACGCUGGCCACAUGUCUCCUCCCCCGGCCACCAUCCCCAAGAGCGGGAGCUCCGGCAUGGUCCAGUACCUGCAGUCCUGGUUCCCCGGCUGGGGCGGUUGGUACGGCGAGGCCCAGGGUCCGGAGAGCAGGCCCGACGGCCAGGGAAUGCUGCCAGACGGCUCAUGGGACAUACUAGCUGACCCAGAUGAGCUGUUUGAUCCACUGGAGGACUCCCAGACGCUCAACACCUUCACCAGGAGGGACCACCUGUUUGCUCGGCUGGACUUCCUGCUGGAGAAGGCCUCCAUGACCCUGCUGCACCAGGAGAAGACGGCAGCCAAAGAGAGUGGUGUCAUCCAGCUGGAAUUCUCAGGUGUGAAGAUUGGCGUUGAGUCUUUGCCCAGGUCUGAGUCUUCUCUUCUGUCCGUGAAGCUGGGUGGCCUGUUUUUGAGAGACCUCACCACACACAGGACAAUCUUCCCCGUCCUUGUUGCUCCCAAAACGGAUAAGGUCGUUGUGGCCAUAAAUCAACCCUUUGGACAGACCUCAAGUACAGAUUCAGCCCCUGGCGUAGACUCGUCGGCUGCGCCAGUCUUUGAGAUGAUCUACGAGCGAAACCCCAUCAGAAGUAAAUACGAGAGGAGGCUGGAGGUCAACACCAGUCCUCUGAACAUCAUCUACAACCCCCAGGCCAUUAAGAAGGUCGCAGACUUCUUCUACAAGGGCAGAGUCCACACCUCAGGCUUCGGGUACCAGUCGGAGUUGGAGCUGCGAGUUGCGGAGGCUGCCAGGAGGCAGUACAACAAGCUGAAGAUGCAGACCAAAGCAGAAAUCAGGCAGACAAUCGAUCAGCUGCUCGUGGGAGAGUUCAUUGAGAACAGCAAGCGGUGGACAAUGAAGCUGGACAUCUGUGCCCCGCAAGUGAUUUUUCCUGAUGACUUUCAGUCAGGCGAUCCCAUGUUGGUGGUGGUUGACCUCGGUCGAAUUCUCCUCACUAAUUCUCAAGAGGAUUCCAAACCAAAAGCGAAGACUUCACAGUCGGGAGAGGACGACUUGAGCGACGAGGAGUAUCAGACGCCUCUCGCAACACCUCCAGGGUCCCCCCCACCAGAACCAGAGGCAGAGAGUAGUAAAGACCGCCUUAAAAGCCCUGAACUCCCCAGCCUCUCGUCGCCCGAAGGGGCCCAGGCCUACAGCAGGAACCUCUACGAGAAGUACUCGCUGUCCUUCAAAGACCUUCAGAUCAUGGUGGGCCGCUACAGGGACAACUGGAAGCACCUGCAGGAGAACGAGGUCGGCCCGACGCACGUGGUGGAGAAGUUCAACGUGCUCCUGCAGCUGGAGCAGAGGCUCCGCUACACUUCCGACCCCCAGCUCCCGGGGGCGGUCCUCUCGGGCACCCUCCCCGACCUCAAGGUGCACAUCAACCUCGAGAAGAUGACCGCGCUGAGGAGCUGCCUCACUCGCCUGGGCAGCACGACAGACGAGGAGGAGGAGGCUGAGAAGAAACGGGACAGCCUGAAAUCUCCGGACCCCUUGACCCUACGCCACGAGAAGAUCUUCCAGAGGGAAGAGAGCCACGGGAAAUUGGGUCAAACGGGGUCCGCCAAGAACCUCCUCACACAAAGCGUGAUGACGCUCGAGCAGCACACGAGGGAGGUCUUGGUGGAGUCCAGGCUCCUGCUGGCAGAGUUCAACAUCAACUACAUGCAGUUGGGCGUCGAGAGCGGAGGCCGCUACAUCUCUGUGCUGAAGGUCUUUGGCACCAACGCCCAUUUUGUGAAGCGGCCUUACGACGCCGAGGUGUCCCUCACGGUCCACGGUCUCCUGCUGGUGGACACCCUGCAAACGUACGGGUCGGACUUUGACCUUUUGGUGGCCUCUCACAAGCACCUGAGUUUCGACGUGCCUACCGGUAGUCUCCGAGAGAGCCAGCCCACCUCCCCCGCCUCCGCCGACGGGAGGUCCCCCGAGCCUUUGGACCUCCACCACCGGGAGUCGCAAGGGGGGCUGACUUGUUUCGAGAAGGCGCCGUCUCCCCUGAGCUCCUUCUUCAAGGACCAGGAGGCUCUCAUCAAGCUGGAGUACCAGUUCAUCAGCUCAGACUGCCCCUCUAUGAACCUGGACAGCUCCCUCCAGGUGACCACCAUGCAGGUGAACAACCUGGACAUCAUCCUCAACCCAGAGACCAUGGUGGAGCUGCUGAAAUUCCUCCAGCAAUCAUUCCCAAAGGAAGAAAGCACAUAUUCUCCCUCGGCACAACCAACGCCGCCACUGCCUAACGGGGAAGGUCAAGACGAAAACUAUCAGUCCACGUACGAGCAAAACAAAGAGUUCACUGUCGAAAUCCACCGAUUGAACCUCUUGCUUCUGCGGACGAUAACCACAAGCAAUCUCCUCGGUGGAGAGAAAAAGGGCAUGAAAAUCGCCACUGCCAGCAUCAACGGGACAAAAGUGAACGUCUCCAUGGGAAGCAGGCUGGACAUCAACGGGUCCCUGGGCUGCAUCCAGCUGGUGGACCUAACUCAGGAAGGCGGGAAAAGCCAGUUUGUGGUCAGCAUCGGGAACGUGGAAGAAAUCCCUUCCGCGGAGAACGUGUCCUUCUUCCCCCUCCCGGGAAUGGCGCCGUCGGAGGCGCUGAACUUCCACCUGCUGGAACGAUCUCAAGGGGAGUGCUCGCUACAGCUCCACAUGGCCUCCUUGCACUACAACCACUCGGCCAAGUUCCUGAAGGAGCUCAGCCUCUCGGCCAACGAGGUGGAGGACAACUUCCGCUCCAUGUUGAAAACGGCCGCCUCCAAAGUCUCCACGGUGCUCGCCAACAAAACGGCCGAGUACAGCGGCAUGGUGUCUCUCUUCGAAACCCCGUCGAGGAGAAGCAGGGCUCCCAGCCAGUGCAACUGGCAGAUAGACCCUUUCGACGACGAGGACGACCUCACACUGCCAAGUGAGCAGGAGCCGAGCUUGGACUCCUUCCUGGUGAAGCUCACCCUGAACAUCAGCAUCGAGUCGCCCGUCGUGUCCAUUCCCCGAAAACCCGGUCACCCUGAGCUCCUGGUAGGACAUCUCGGCAGCAUAGCGAUCCAGAACUUCAUAACGGGACAGGACUCGGAAGGGGAGACGUUGCAGGUCGAGGUGAAGGAUAUUAGGCUCUACUCACUGAAUACUUGUCACUUGAUGCAGAGGAAAAACCUGCGAAGUGACGCGAGCUCCAACUCUAGUUUCUCACCCUCGCACAAUGGAAGUGUCAAUCAGGAGGAUCUCCAGUUCACGAGACAUGACUUUUUUGAGUCACUAAGCAGAGGAACAGCAUUCCAUAUUCUGAAAGACACCACCAUACAGUUCACCCUUGAGAAGGUUCCCAUCGAUGAAGACAGCCAAUUUACAUAUCUGUCUUGUGAAGACUCGUUUCAAAGCUCUGCAUUGCUCAGAGUGGAGGGCAAGUUUGUUAAUCCAGUACAGGUCUGUCUGUGCAAGCCAGUGUACGAACAGGUCCUCCAGACCCUGGAUAACCUCUCCCUCAUGGAAGACCCACGGGUGACGCCGAGCCAGCCUCCAACGCCACCCCCUCCCACCCCGUCCUCCACCAAGCCUCACCGCUUCCCAGACCCCCAAGGCGGCCUGUUCGCCCGCGACCCUCCCCACAUCAGCCUCUCCUACGCCUCCCUGUCCUCCUCCCUCAACACACCGCACCCCCUCCAGACCCACGCACCCCCUCUGCAGCCCCCGUCCUUCACCCAGGUGAGGGCCACCUUCCGUGUGGCUGAGCUCCAGGUGCAGCUCAGUGCCGACCUGUCGCAGGGCUCCCAGGGCCUGGUCAGCCUCAAGUUCCAGGACCUGGAGGGGGACUUCACCAAAGACCACCCCCACGUGCUGUCGGUCCAGCUGGCCCUGCGCUCCCUUCUCAUGGAGGACCUGCUGGAGCAGAACCCCGAAUCCAAGCACAAGCACCUCAUCGUGUCCCGUGGUGCCCCCAAACCUUCCACCUUCACUCCCAAGGAGUACCUCUCCCAGUCCUGUCCGUCCUCGUCCAACGCCUUGUACCCCGAGAUGCCUCGUUCCCUGCCGGCGCACAUGGAAGAGGCCCAGAACGUCUUCCAGUUCUACCAGAGGCACCCAAGCGCCCCGUCCCCCGCCGCUGCCCGCCAGAAGAAGGAUCCGCCGUGCCCCAGCACGCCACCCCCGUCCCCGUCGCGCAACACCCCUUCCCCUCACCCACCACCAGGCUUCGACGACACACUGGUACACAUCAACGUGCUUCUGGUGGACCGGCGCCACCCGGAGUUCUCGACGCGCUACGGCAGCAUCGGCCGCAGCGUGGACGUGGAUUUCAACUGCCUGGACGUGCUCAUCACCUUACAGACCUGGGUGGUGAUACUGGACUUCUUUGGCAUCGGUUCCACGGCCAAUAACCACGCGGUGAGGGUGCCGGCCAACUCCCCGCCGCAGAGCUCCAUGCCGGGGCAUCCCCUGGAGCACGACGGCCCCAGCGAGCUGCUGGACGACGUGUACCCGGAGGUCAACGAGGAGGAGAUGAUGGAGGACCGGGUCAACACCAAGCUCGACCUCAAGGUCCACGCAUUAUCGCUAGUACUGAACAAGAAGACAACAGAACUUGCCAAAGCCAGCGUCUCCAAACUGUUCACUCACAUGGAAAUGAUUGAUGGGGAUCUGGCGCUGCAGGGCAGCUUAGGGAGUCUGUCUCUGAGUGACUUAACUCCUCACGGAGAUCUCUACAGGGAGCGCUUUACAACACGGGGUGGAGAGGCACUCGUCUUCAACAUACACAAGUAUGGUGAGCCCGACCCCUACCUCCGGCGGGAGUGUGACAUCAAGGUGUCUCUGCAGAUGGCCUCGGUGCAGUACGUGCACACCCAGCGCUUCCAGGCCGAGGUGGUGGCCUUCAUCCAGCACUUCACCCAGCUGCAGGACGUCCUGGGCAGGCAGAGGGCUGCAGUCGAGGGCCAGGCUGUGCGUGAGCGUGCGCAGCGUGCGUCUCGCGUCCUCCUGGAUAUCGAGGCGGGGGCUCCGGUGCUGCUGAUCCCAGAGAGUUCGCGUUCUCCACGCCUCAUCGUGGCCAACCUGGGCCAGCUGCGCGUGCACAACUGCUUCCUGCCCGCCGGCACGCACGGCACCUUCUCUCUCAGGGACAAGGUAGAGAAACUUACCAUGGCUCAUGCCUUUUUCCCCUCUCUGGACCGUGUGAAGAGCUCUCAGCCAGCAGGGGGCAGCACUAAGCCCAGUGAUGAAGAGGCAGCAGCAGCAGCAGCAGCAGCAGCGGCAUCAGAGAAGGGGAAAGCCUCCAGUACUGGCCCAGGCUCCAGUUCCUCCAGCUCAGGGCCCAGCUCGGGCUUCACUCUGGGCCGGCCACAGGCAGCCGCGGGCAGGUUCCCCGAGGCCAUUGACCCCCUCAACCCUGAGGAGCACGUGUGCCUGCUGGACUGCAUCUCCCUGGACCUGCAGGAGAUGGACAUCUUCUCUGCGCAGCGUCUGGCCAGCGAGCCGUGGGACGGCGGGGCCAAGCGGGCCGACAACGACCUCCUCUUCUCCUCCUACGCAGUGAGGCGCAGCGGCAGCAGCCUCCUGCAGGAGAGGUGUCACCUCAGGCUCAAAGUGGAGCGCAACCUGGACAAGGAGUUGAGUCAUGCGGUGCCCGACAUGUCCAUCCAUGGCAGUCUGUCCUCAGUGCACUGCUCCCUGGACCUGGAGCGCUACCAGCUGAUCCGCGGCCUGCUGGAGCACAACCUGGGCGAGCCCAUAGAGGAGUUCCUCAGGCCCUACAACCUCCAGGAUCCCAGCAACUACACGGUGUUGAGCGGGGACGUGUACACCAGCCUGUCCUUCCUGGUGGACAUGAUGAAUGUCAGCCUGGAGCUGCUCGACUGCCCCAAGGCCUCCGGACACAAGCAGUCUCUUGCCAGGUUUGACUUCAUGAAGUCCAAGCUGCUCUUCGAGAGCUUCUCCAACAGCUCCAAGUCGGUGAACCUGGUGUCUCACUCCUUACUGGCCUACGACACUCGCUACAGCGCCUCUGCAGCCAGCUCAAACCCACGGGCACACAAACGUUCAGGAUCCAGCACCGGCCCGGGCCAGGGCCAGGGCCAGAGCCAGAGCAAGCCCAACGUGUUCGACUGCAUCCUGCAGCCCUCCAGGACGGGCAGCAACCGCGCCUCUCUACAGCUGGAGCUACACUAUAGGUCAACACGGGACUCCUCCUGCUUCACUGUGGUGCUCAACAACCUGCGUGUCUUCCUCAUCUUCGAUUGGCUGCAGCUGGUGCGCGACUUCCUGCGCAUGCCGGCGGAGAAGGGUUCCGGCACGGCUCCGCGCCAGCGCUGGCCCAGUGGCGGCAGUGACUCCAGUGGCGGCGGCGCCCUCAUGCCCAAGACCGUCAAGAGUGGCGUGGUCACCAAGCGCUCCACCGUGCCUGUCACCCAGGACCGCUACCUAGAGGUCAAGAUCAACGUCACAGGGACGGAGUUUGUGGUGGUGGAGGAUUCCUCGUGUCUGGACACCAAUGCCAUCAUCCUGAAGGGCACCACCGUGCUCACCUACAAGCCUCGCUUCCUCGACCGGCCCUUCUCCGGGAGCCUGGCUGGCAUUGAGGUGUUCUCGUGUCGGCUGGGCAGCGAGCAGGAGACGGCCUUGUCCAUCAUCGACCCGGUGAACGUGCAGAUGGAGCUGUGUGGCAGCCCUACGUACCAGAGCAGCUCUGGCCUCCUGGACGCCUUCAACAUAGAGGACUUCCCACCUCUACUCGAGAUCCAGUUCCCUGCGCUGGACAUCCGACUGUCCUAUAACGACGUGCAGCUCUUCCUGGCCAUAGCCAAGUCCCUUCCCUCCGCCGGCUCCCCGACCCCAGGAGACCCCAACGCCGCCGCUGGCUCUAUUGUUGGGUACCAGCCAGGCACGUCCAUGGCCACCUCGGACACCCUCGCCCUGAAACCAAAGGACGCCUUCAGGCACAAGACCGAGGCACUGCUGGAGGGCCAGUUGAAUCGCCUACAGGACCUGGGUUUCAGGAAAGAGGACUGCAAACGGGCCCUCAUCCAGUGCAAAGGUCAGCUGGACCAGGCGGCCACGUGGCUGCUGGAGAACGCCGAGAGCACUCUGGGCCGCGUGCGGACCGACUCGGACCCCAGCAGCAGCAGCCACUCCGCACCCCCACUCUCCGGUAUCGAGGUCAAGGCUGAGAGCGUCUGCAUCUGCUUCAUCGACGACUGCCUGGACUGCGACGUCCCCCUCGCAGAGCUCACGUUCUCCCGGCUGUACGUGCUGCAGAGGAUCGGCUCCACACAGGAGGGCAAUGCCAGCUUCACCCUGUCUGGAGACUAUUACAACAGGGAACUGUCAGGCUGGGAGCCCUUCAUCGAGCCCUGGCCGUGCUUCCUCACCUGGCAUCAGCAGGCGGCAGGCCGUCUGCAUCCCCCGCGCCUCAAGCUGGGGGUCCGCGCCAAGCAGCGCCUCGACCUCAACAUCACCUCCGUACUGCUGGAGCAAUACAGCACCACCAAAACCUCCUGGUUGGCUGACUACUGUAAGGAGGAGGAUGCCUCCGCCGCCGCCGCCGUUGCUGCCCAGACCUCCACCUCCGUGUCCUGGAUGGGCUCCUCUGUGGACCCCCCUUCCUUUGCCCAGAGUGUUCCUCUUGCCCACCUUAGAACUAGGAGCACUGCCAGCCUGACUUGCCUCGAGCAGCAGAUUCAUGCGCGAGCGGACGUGAAGUUGUCCAAGAGGAGGCAGCCCUUCAUCCCGUAUGCCCUGAGGAAUCACACCGGAUGCACCAUGUGGUUCGCCACACUCACCACCACCCCCACCAGGGUGGCGCUGUCUCACAGCGGCAGCGUGGACUCCAUGUCCGACAUGCAGGGCCCCGGCACAGACGACACGCACAAUGUGAGCCAGUGGAGGGAGGUGCUGCCGGGAGAGGAGAUCCCCUUCGAGUUUGAGGCGCGCGAGAAACUCAGGCACAGGCACACCCAUGAGCUGAAGCUACAUCAGCUGCUGGUGCGAGUGGGGGGCUGGGAGCAGGUGAAGCCGGUUUCCGUGGACAAAGUCGGGGUGUUCUUCCGCUACGCCAACCCUGACCGAAACAACCCCUCAAACACGGUUGGCAGUCCAAUCAGCAGAACCAAUAUUAUACACCCACAUGUUUAUUUCUCGGCGCUGCCCCCUGUGCGGGUGGUGUUCUCCAUCACCAUGGAGGGUAGUGCACGCAAGGUGAUCACGGUGCAGUCCGCCCUCACCGUCAAGAACCGGCUGGAGGUGCCCAUGGAGGUGCGGCUGGACAGCCCCUCAGCACCCGACAAGCCGGUGGUGCUGCCUCCCAUCCUGCCAGGCCAGGCCAUGGCCAUCCCGCUGCACCUGACGUCGUGGCGUCUGCAGGCACGCCCCAAGGGGCUGGGCCUCUUCUUCUGCAAGGUGCCCAUCCACUGGACCAGCGUGGAGCGGCCCGGCGAGGUCAACAGCACCAAGAGGGAGUGCCAGUCGGCCGACUUCGACGACCAGCUCAAACGCAGCUUCAGGUUCUGUGUGGUGAUCAAGAAGGAGAACUACCCGGAGCAGCAGCCGGCCAAGGCGGUGGCGGGCGCUGCCAAGCAGAUCUACCGUCAGCCGGGCCACACCAUCUACCUGCUGCCCACGCUGGUGCUGGCCAACCUGCUGCCCUGCGACCUCAACUACUACAUCAAGGGCACCUCCAUCAAGGGCACCAUGAAGCCCGGCAAGGAGGCCGUGCUGCACGCCGCAGACACCUCUCAGAACAUGGAGCUCGGGGUGUUGCUGGAGAACUUCCCGGUGUGUAAGGAGCUUCUGAUCCCUCCCGGUACCCAGAACUACGUGGUGCGCAUGCGGCUGUACGACGCCAACAAGAGGCUGCUGUGCCUGACCAUCCGCAUCAUCCUGCGGGCACAGGGGGCGCUCAAGAUCCUCAUCUCGUCACCCUACUGGCUCAUCAACAAGACCGGCCUCCCCCUCAUCUUCCGUCAGGAUAACACCAAGGCUGACGCCUCAGGCCAGUUUGAGGAGCACGAGAUGGCACGCAGUCUCAGCCCUCUCCUCUUCUGCUACACAGACAAGGAGCAGCCCAACAUGUGCACCAUGCGUAUAGGCAAAGCCAUCCAUCCGGACGGGGUGCCAGGCUGGUGCCAGGGCUUCUCCCUGGAUGGAGGCAGUGGCGUGCGGGCGGUGAAGGUCAUCCAGCACGGCCUGAGGCCCGGCCUCAUCUACAACAUAGGUAUUAAUGUGCGUAAAGGGAAAGGCCGAUAUCGUGACACGCACAUUGUGACAUUCGCCCCGCGCUACCUGCUCGACAAUCGCUCCUCGCAUAAGCUGGCCUUUUCACAGAGGGAAUUUGCCAGAGGAAAGGGUACGUCGAACCCCGAGGGCUACAUCUCCACCCUGCCUGGCUCCAGUGUGGUGUUCCACUGGCCCCGUAACGACUACGACCAGCUGCUGUGCGUGCGCCUCAUGGACAACGCCACCUGCACCUGGUCUGGGGGCUUCGAGGUCAACAAGCCCAAAUCCUUCCACGUCAACAUGAGGGACACCCUAGGUAACUGCUUCUUCCUGCGAGCGGAGAUCAGCCUGAAAGGAGCCACCUACCAGAUUGCCUUCAGCGACACUGACCACCUGCCCCCUCCAUUCCGCGUGGACAACAUCUCUGAUGUGCCUAUCCAGUUCUGGCAGCAUGGCGUGGCCGACAUCCGGCUGCACACGGAAGUGAAGGCAGGCUCGGAGCUCGACUACGCCUGUGACGAGCCCACGCUGCCCCCUUACCUGACGCUCACUGUCAAAGGCGCGGGGUCCUCAGAGGUCACCGCCGACAUGAACUUCUUCCGCGAGUACAACAAGCUGUACUACGAGAACUUCAUCUACAUCGCCGCCACCUUCACCUUCUCACAGGAUGCAGGGAAGAGGCCGGUGGGGAAGAAGCGUGUGGUGAGCUGCUCAGAGCUGGUGCUGGACGUGGAGACCAAGACACAGAGAGUCAUCCUCAAGAAGAAGGAGCCUGGCAAGCGUUCCCAGCUGUGGCGUAUGACGGGUACAGGGAUGCUGUGCCACGAAGGCUCCUCCCCCCCUCAGAGCAAACCCGCCCAGCCCCGCCCUCUCGACUCAUCCCUCGUGCUUGACAUCGCCGGAUUGGCUGCUGUCACAGAUAACAGCUAUGAGCCUCUGAUGUUGCGGAGGCCAGACUCCCGGCGUAGUACGACCCAGACAUGGCACUUCAGCUCGGGCAUGUUGACCUGUGGCCUGCCCCGCCUGGUGGUGCAGGUGAAGGGUGGUGUGUCUGGUCUGCUGGACGGUGUUGAGGUGGUGCUGGGACCGGACUCCGGCCUGAAUGCCCCGGGCCCCGAGCAGCAGUUCAUCAACCAGAAGAUGAGGCCCGGCUCUGGGGUGCUGUCGGUGCAGGUCAUCCCUGACGGACCCACCAGGGUGCUGCAGAUAAGUGACUUCAACCACCGGCGCAUGAACCGUCCGUCCAGCACUGAGGAGGCCCAGAGCAAAGACGUCACCGAGGAGGACAAGAAGACCCCAGAGGAGGAGCUGGAGGUGUUGGUGAAUCUGGAGGAUGGUGUGGGUGUAUCUCUGGUGAAUAAGGUGCCUGAAGAGUUGGUCUUCGCAACUCUGUCGGGCAUCAGUGUCCACUUCACCCGGACCACCAGCAGCCAAGUACUGGAGAUGAGCAUACACAACCUGCAGGUGGAUAACCAGUUGCUAGGCACCACUCAGCCGGUGAUGAUGUGCGUAACUCCACUCUCCAGUGAGACCAGCAUAGUGGACACGGGCCCCGCGCUGCAGGUCAACGCUGUCAAGGUGCCCAGCAACCUCAUGCUGACCGACCUCUUCAAGCAUCUGAUGGUGACUGCCCGCAGAUUCACCGUCAUCAUUGAGGAGAAGCUUCUGCUCAAGCUGCUCACUUUCUUCGGAUAUGGCCAAACGGAAGAGCUGGAGAAGUUGGAUGAGAAUCUCCAUGAGAAGAGUCCUGAGGACGUGGGCACUCCAAAGCGCUACUACUUUGAGAACCUCAAGAUCAGCCUCCCGCAGGUCAAACUCAGCGUCUUCACCUCCCACAAGCUACCGCCAGACCUCAAGGCUCUGAAGGGCACCCUGGGCAUCCCCCUGAUCCGCUUCGAGGACGCCAUCAUCAACAUGUACCCUUACACCCGCGUGCACCCCUACGAGACACAGGAGAUUAUCAUCAACGACAUCCUCAAGCACUUCAGAGAGGAGCUGAUCAGCCAGGCAGCCCAGAUCUUGGGCUCGGUGGACUUCCUGGGUAACCCCAUGGGGCUGCUGAACGACGUGACCGAGGGCGUCUCCGAGCUCAUCAAGUACGGCAACGUGGGCGGCCUCAUACGCAACGUCACACACGGCGUCUCCAACUCCGCAGCCAAGUUUGCUGGCACCCUGUCCGACGGCCUGGGGAAGACCAUGGACGUCCGGCACCAGAGUGAGAGGGAGUACAUCCGUUACCAUGGCGCCACCAGCGGAGAACACCUGGUGGCUGGAAUUCACGGCCUUGCACACGGCAUCAUCGGGGGUCUGACCAGCGUCAUCACAUCCACGGUGGAGGGAGUGAAGACGGAGGGCGGGGUCAGCGGCUUCUUCUCGGGGCUGGGCAAAGGCCUGGUCGGCACGGUGACCAAACCCGUCGCCGGGGCGCUGGACUUCGCCUCGGAGACGGCACAGACCGUCAGGGACAUGGCCAGCCUUAGCAACCACAGGUUGAGUGUGCUGCGCGUGAGGAAGCCUCGCUGCUGUAAGGGUCCCCAGGGGCUGCUGCCGCGCUUCUCCUCAACGCAGGCCGACGGACAGGAGCAGCUCUUCCACCUCACAGACAACAUCACCUCAGAGUUCUUCAUCGCGGUGGAGCCGAUAGACACCUACUGCGUGCUCAUCUCCUCCAAGGUGGUGUAUUUCCUGAAGCCGGGUGAGUUUGUGGACCGCGAGGCCAUCUUCCUGGAGGUGAAGUACGACGACCUGUACCACUGCCUGGUGUCACGUGACCACGGCAAGGUCUACGUGCAGCUCACCAAGAAGGCCGAGAGCACCAGCAGCGGAGUGGCCAUGCCGGGGCCUUCGCACCAGAAACCCAUGGUGCACGUGAAGAGCGAGAGCCUGGCGGUGAAAAUCUCGCAGGAGAUCAACUACGCCAAGAGCCUUUACUACGAGCAGCAGCUGAUGCUGCCGCCCAGCGAGAACGAGGACAGUCUGCUGCUCGACUCCUGAAAGAACACAACAGAACAGAACAGAACAGAACAGGGAACCAAGAAGGAGAAGAAAAAGAAGGAGAAGAAGAAAACGAAUGAGGGAAAAGAGAAACGAACAACAAACAACUUUUCCUCCCUUCCUUACCGUACUUUAUGAAGGUAUUCGUGGGGGUUGGUGGGGCUGGCUUCUUCACGCAAACCAUUUAUGCAAAACCAACCAACACUGUUUCGGCUCCUACACACCUGCUCCUGCUCCUGCUCCUCAGAAAGAAGAGGAAAACAACAAGGGAAAAAAGAGAAAAAUAACUGCUUUCCUUUCCUCCCUUUUUUCCCAGUGGAAUAUAGAGCAGAUGGGGCUUCAUCCUCACGCUAAAACCAACAGACACUGUUUCUGCCCGUGCCCCUAGCCCUGUCCCUAGCCCCCGGACCCGAAAAGGAAAACGGAAAACAAUGAGGGACAAAAAUAAGAACUCCUUCCCUGAUUUAAUGUGGGGUGGGGGCUUCUUCACACAACCCAUGUGCACAAAGCCACACCACACCACACCUGCUCUACCUUCUGCUCCUCUUGCCUCUUGUCACUGCUGAAUACAUUGGGCCUUAUGCUGCCGUAGGUGUAGAGGUUCCUGCUCCAUGGUGGGUGGUCGAGGGUUGUGUAGCUGGUGGUGAUGAUGAUGGGGAGGAUCCUUGUGUGGUGAGGUGGGGUGGGUAUCUAGUUAUGCAAUGUUGACAAAUGGAUGACGUGGGGGGUGGGGGGAUCUUCUAUACACCCCAAUCAAGCACAUUAGAUGAGAUAUAUUAUUUAAAAAUAAAUAUGCAAUUAUUUUAUCAAGUGAUGUGGAAAAACCAUACUAAGAAAAAAAAAUCGAAGAAUGAUAACUAUUUUGGGUUUUACAGAUGUGUUAAUGACAUUGCAGGUUAUACCAUAUGUUGCUAAAUGUGCACAUAGUCUUAUAAAUGUUUUUUUGUGUAUAAAAUUAAAUAUGUACAUAACGUAUAUCUGUAUACCAACAGUACACUAUCUGCCCUGUACAUAUCGGUGGUGAAAAUAAUUAUGAAGGUUUAUACUGACGUGAAGAGAUUGAACAAUAACACAGAGAAGUGAACAAAUACUGUACAAAACUGCCUUGAGAGAUGAUUUUGUUUUUCUUUUUUUUUUCCUAUCUCUCCGUGUAUGGGGGUCUUUGUUUUGUGGUGUGUGUGGGUGUGUGGGUGUUUGAGUGAGUGAGAUGUGCGAUGAUUGAUGAAAUGCACUGACUAGAUGUUGUAGACCUUGUAGCUGCUCCUUUCUACCCUUAAACCCUGUGGCCCAUGACCCAAGCUGACACAAGGAAGAACACGACUCAACAGCACUCACCCUAUUCCACUCAUUUGUUUACUUUCCUUUCAUUCAUUCAUUCAUUCAUUCAUUCAUUCAUUCAUUCUCUCUCUCGUUCACCCUCUCGCUCUCUUUGAAACACUUGGCUCACCUGCACAUUGGUUAGCAAUGCAGGACUGUUUUUUUUUUUUCUUCCUUGAUCAAACCUACCUUGUCAUUGAAGGAUUAACUUGUCUUUUUUUCAGUUAUCUCAUGUUCUUGUGUGUAAGAGAGAGAGACAGAACGAGAAAGAAAGGAGGUGUGUUUGUGUGCGGACGUGCAUGCGUGCCUGUGUUAGAGAAAUAAAUUGAGUGUGUGCGUGUGUGUAUGCGUGUCCUUGUGUUAGUGAGAGAAGUAAAGUGAGUGUGUGUGUGUGUGUGUUGAGUGUUACCCCCCUGUCUGCUGUAAAGGGACUUCAUCCUCUGUUUGGCAUGCUGUAGGUGCCCUUAUGGAUCCAAAGCUUGUGAAGAAAGAAAGAAAAAAAGAGUGCUUGAACUUCUUUAACAAUCUGACCAUGAUGUGAAGUGCGUAAUUACACCUUUAUUCUCUUCCUCUCUCUCUCUCUCUCUCUCCCUCCAUCCCUCCCUCUCCCUCCCUCUCUCUCUCUCUCUGCUUCUAAUAAAGCACCACUGCUCAGCAGUAUUUCAGAAUAACAUUCUGUGCCUUUUUAUUGAAGAAUUAUUUUAUGUGGUUUCCAAACACAGUAAAUCGUUUCAACCUGGCCUGGGUCAACAUGUUUUCCCCAGUUUAUCCAGAUUUUUUUUCCCCUUCCCCAUUCCCCCUACCCACACACCCAUCUCUUCUCUUCUCAUCACAGCCCCUCAGUCAGUCCAGUCAUGUUCUAAGCUAACACAUCCAUCAACACGUUGCCCAAAACCUUAUCAUGUCGGCCUGCUUUGAUGUGUUGUGCUGUGAGAUCAGUGUCAGAUCAGAUGGAAUGUAGUACCAUAUGCCCCCUCCUGCUUUACCUUUACAACCUGAUGUGGUGGUCUGUGGUCUGCUUGCCUAGUUUUAAUACCCUAGUUUACUGAUUAGAUGGCAGUCUGGGUGUCUGCUCCUUACUUGUGUGCAAAGCCAUUAGCAGGUCUUCUGCCAACUAGAUGUGGUGGGAUUUGAAGAUCUUGAUUAUAGGGUUCUAAGUAAGCACAUCGAGUUGGGAAAGAAGAUGUUUCCUGAUGGCAAUAGUAAUAAUGAUGAUGGAUAUGUAGCAACAAAAUCAGAAUAAGGAGAGUAAUGUUCGACUUUGUCGUCUUUGCUCUCUGUGUAAUUUAUAAUAAAAUACCCUGAUUUACUCUCUUCUUGCGGUUGACUGUUAAAACGAGCGCAAUAAGGAUGAAUUACAUAGUUAAGAUUUGAAAUUUGAAAGUUUUUCUUUUUUUUUUUUUUUUUUUUAUCAGGAAUGGAUGAAGUGUUUUGUAACAGUCCCCAUUCAGUACUGAUAGGAAAAAAGUGGCUGUUGUUAGUGACCUGGGAAUUGUUUUAUGACCCCCCCAAACUAAACCACUCACUCUGGUUCGGACCCAUUAAGCAACACUUAUGGGCAUCUUUAAGGGAGCCUUUUGAUGUUUGUGUCCCCCAAGACUUGUGUCUUUCCUAAUUCCCCUCUCUACUAUUCCAACCUCUGUCAGUAGCUUGCCUCUAGUGUCGUGGAGUUUCUCAUCAAGUAACGCAUCGUCUGCUGCUGUUGCUUGCUGCUGCUCUGAGCGUAGUUCCAUGCAUGGAGUAUUCCACUUUCAAGCGGAAUAUUGUCAGUAUUGAGUUAAAAACAAGUUCUGGAAUAUCCCUUUUACAUGGCCGCAUUGGGACUAAAAUGUAGUUUUACAUGACGUGCAAACUGAAUACUGCCACCCUUCCAAUUUCAAAUUGGAAUAUUACUUGCAUGGAAAUACGCUAAUGUAUUUCAUUCUACACGCGGUUGAGAUUCAGAGAAGUUAUAAUAAGCCUGGUGAAAUCCUCAUCGCUGGGAAAGAUAUUGCAACCACCAAAGAAACACUAAGGGAUGGUGUUUGUUUUCUUUUUGUUUUGUUUUUGCCUUUUUGUUUUCUAUGCUGAACAUCUGUCUCAUAUGAAGCAUUAAAGCUCAUUUAGGCCUACAUGACUUAAGACCUGGCAGGGAUGAAAUGGUACCAUUGUAUGUACUGUACCCUAUCAUACUACAGCAGUUAUCAAAGCUUUUGAAAAGAAACUCUCAACACAUUCUCACAGCUUAUAGUUGUGCUUGAAGCUAACAUUACAGAGUGAGGUUAUUCUUUUGUUUGUGUGUGCUUUUCAAAUUGUACAUAUUGUAAAGGUUAAUAAUAAAACUAAAUAAAAUUAUUGGUCACAUAAA